CGCAGAUAAUUAUUUAAUUAUUCGGAAUCAUUACCUUGGACUACGGUAGUCUCACCGCUUUUCAGAGCUUGGAACCAAAGAGAUGGCUUUCCACACGAUUCCUGGGAGGCUCCUGCCUCUCGCAGCGUUGUGCAUUCUUCUUGUCAGCUGCAUCGCGCUAUGCGUAGAGGCUUCGGGAGACAAACUCUUUGUGGUUCCAAAUUCAGCAGUUGGGAGCAAGGCGGACUGUUCAGAGGACUUUCCCUGCUCUCUUGAGCACGCCCUUGCAGUUGCAGGAGCAGAAGCAGAGUUGGAAAUUAGCGAGGGACAUUACGAUGGAAACGUGGUUAUUCAUGCUAACCAGACUGGGUUGAGCUUGAAUGGAGCUGGUGCUUCACUAACUCUGAUUCAUUCUGCUGGCCUGGUGGUCAAUGGAAACGAGAUUGUGUUGGACGUGCGCGCAGAAGACUUCAGUGCGAACCGGAUUGGAUUUGCGCAGACCUGGAAUGAAAGCAACACUGCAAACGUGACAGCUCAGAUUGGGGUGCUAAUCAGAGACACUGCAAUUGGUGCACGCCUCGAUGAGGUCCUCGUUCUGUACAACUCCUCCGGUGACACCUCAACAUCGCGGGGAGUCGUCAUUGCCGGUGCACCGGAGGUUGAGCUCAAGAAGACGGCGGUGGUUGGCCCCUGGCAGGACGGCAUCCACCUCAUCUCGUCCUCCAGCAAGGUCAAGCAGGGCCUCGUGGACGGCGCCACGCGCAUCGGCAUCGCUCUCAUCAACACCAAUGUCUCCGCGAGCUCUGAAAACAAGAUCAAACAAGUCACGAUCCGCAACAUCGGCGACGGGUCCACUUUUGGAACCGCGAUCGAAGUCCAGGGCAACAACAACCACGUCAAGGAAGGGGAGAUCAGCAACUGGGGCAAGUACGGAAUCCACGUUUGUGGGGAGGCGGGUCCCGACAAGUGCGACCCUUGUCACUAUAGUGCCGCUGUAGAGGAGCUUCCGGAUUCGGACCCGUUGAGAACAGCUAGGCACACGUCCAUUAAGGGCGUUGACUUUUUUGGAGAGCCGGGACAGAUCCGUGUGUGCGAUGGGGGGGAGGAGACGAAGGUGAAGAGAGUGCAGGUCAUCCGUGAGGCACCAGAAGAGGAGCGGGAGGUUGUGGUAGUAAUUUGAUUUGUCGCGAUUCUCGCCAUUGCGGGCAGUCUUUGAUUUGUCGAUCGCUCAUAGUCAUUCAUUUACUAUCUAGACACACAACUGAGUGCAAAUACCUGUUGUCGUCGCCUGCGUGAUGAGCGAGUGUAUCCGGCGGCGGGCCCGAGUACUAUGCAGUGCAACUUCGCCCAGUAGUGCCUCAAUGCACCUAGGUAUAUUGACAUCAUCAUGGCAUUGAUUCUGCGCGCAUAGGCACC